AACAUUCUCCCUCCCUACAAAAGUUGAGGCACUUCUUGGAAUCGCCCCAGCAUGAUUCCAAGUAUUGGAAGCCUGUUUUGAUGACAACACAGCAAGCGUUAGCGAUGGACGUACAGCGGUUCCAGGGUAUGGUCAACGACGGUACCCCGAUCGUCUUGGUGGACCGACUAGGGCAGGUCCCGUUUCUCGCACAUAGCUUCAUUAAUUUUCAGUCCAAGGUUCAGUGUCUCGGCAAGUUUCGUCUCUCACUCUCCCACCCCGCCCACCGACCUAUUUUUAGAUUCUGACCAUAUUCCAUAGACCGACCACCCCCGGAUCCUACAAAUGACCGCGGGUGCUUUGAACGAGAUAUAUGAUUGGCAACGAUCCAGGCCAUUGAUCUUUACCCAGCCCACCACUGGUUGCUGGCAGCCGUUAGAGAAGUAUGUUUGUUCGUUUUCUCAACCACGUGUCUCACAUCAUUACAGGCUCCUUAAUACUCGUGAGGUGGCACUGGCACUGGCAGAUUUUCCUCGAGACCGCGUCCCUGACCAAAGCUGGCGAUAUCCGAUUAUUGCAGCCGCUGGCUCUAUACACCCCCCUCACCAGUGUCCAAGCGGCGUUGGCACUUGCAUUCACUGUGCUAGUGGUUGUGCUGUUUUCUUUAUUCCGAUCCUAAAAGAAGACCAAUUUAUCAUGAGCUAUUUCAACGGCACGGACGCGCCCCACAACCUGGAUUUUUCAUACCUCUACGAGGCACCCUAUCGUUUUGGCUCUUUUGUUCUCUCACCUGGCCAAACGGUGGUCCUCCCUCCUGGCCAAGUCUAUGCCUACGCAGCAUUGCUUUCUCGAGACGCAAACAACGUAUUUAUCCCCGGAUGUAUCAUGGAGUGCUGGGACUUUCUUGCUGCUGGAUGCAUGAAGCGAUCGUGUUUCACGAGCUGGUUGCGUCGCAACUCGGCUCACCAACCCAAGAGCGAAGAAGCCUGGAAUUCUGCCUUCAAAGUGUCCUUGAUGGCCAUGGUGUCGAAUGCGGCGCGUGCCAUAUCGGCUCCGCACGGACAGCCCAUCCACUCCCCAGACAUUGCCAACCUUUUCUCAUUGGCAACCAUGGCCACGGAGUUCAUUGGGGAUCAGCCACGCUUUUCCGAAAUGACCAAAUCAUUGAAGCGUUAUUGUGCACAGCGAGGACCGGACUCUUGUUCCCAAUUCCUCAAAGAAUUUUCACGCAUCAAAAACUGCCAUGAAGGCGACCCUGAAGUGUGAAAUAUCAGAAGCCCUUCAAAUAUUUAUUCUUAACAGUGAUCCCCACCAAGUUGUUGUGGUCCUGCACAUCUUUUUCUUUUGCUGGAACUUUUGCAAUACAAAUGUAUGUAUUUGGGGUUUGUUAAACAUGAGUUCCCAGUGGGGUUUGUGCAGAUCUGCCACCGUGAGGAAAUGCUUUAUGGACUGGAUGUUUUGUCACUGUGAGACAGGGGGUCAGUUGUGGCCCCACAUUAUAGGGGAAAAUAGUGUCAGGGUUCCAUCACCUAUCUAUCUAAUCACAGUAGGUAUUAUGAAUCAUAAUACUUGUG